GGUGUAUUUGUGUCCUUUACCGUCGGUUAAACCAAUGAGAGCGGUUGCCACAGCCACACUCCAGUAGAAAUUUUCUUAUCGUCAUAUGACCCAUUCUAGCUGGUAGCUGUGUAGGCCAUAUUUGUCAGUGGGUUCUCUGUUACUGUGGAGUGUUGUGCGCAGUUUAAUUCGUUUGGACCUGUAAAUACUCCGUAAAAAUCUAUCAAAAAUGGCUUUAUCUGAAGAAAACCCCGUCUAUGGACCAUUUUUCGGCGUCAUGGGAGCUGCCUCAGCUAUUAUUUUCAGUGCUCUUGGAGCCGCCUAUGGCACAGCGAAAUCCGGUACCGGUAUUGCCGCCAUGUCGGUGAUGAGGCCCGAACUUAUCAUGAAAUCCAUCAUUCCUGUUGUCAUGGCUGGUAUUAUUGCCAUUUACGGUCUUGUCGUUGCUGUACUGAUUUCCGGUAAUCUUGCGGAACCAGCGGAAUACCCACUCUACAGAGGAUUCAUUCACUUGGGAGCCGGCCUUGCGGUAGGUUUCUCCGGUUUGGCGGCAGGAUUCGCCAUAGGAAUCGUAGGUGACGCCGGUGUCCGUGGAACAGCCCAACAGCCCCGUCUCUUCGUAGGAAUGAUCCUCAUCCUCAUUUUCGCUGAAGUAUUGGGUCUCUACGGUCUCAUCGUAGCCAUCUACCUCUACACUAAAUAAGUUAUUCAUCCGUUUGCUUUUACUUCAUCCCCCUUACCACCGACUUAUCAGCCUGCCCCCCUUCAAACAGUAAAAAAAACCUAUAACGAAAAUAAGAUACAUUUCCAGAACCACGUCCUACUACUACUACCCCUUACGCUCCACCCCAGUUCCUCCCAAUCCCCCAUCUCAGUCCUACCACCCCUUUAACAAAACAAAAUAACUGAAAGAAAAUGAGAACACGUCUCCGUUUUAGUUCCUCGUCCAAGAAAAUAAUAAAAAAAAAACGCGCGUAAUAUUCAUGUAUUACUACUAUCCAUUUGUUUCACCUGCCCACCGUUUCCUUGGAGGGCGGUAUGAACGGAAAGAAGGAGUUCUUCUUUUUUAAUCAUUUUGUUUUUAAUGUUUAAAUGUAAAAAUGAUUGUAACAUAAUUGUGAGCUUUCGGUGGAGAUUGACUGGACGGUGGAACUAUAAAAAUAUUGGUGCGAAUUUAUUUAGCAUGUAAAUAAUUUUAGCAGUACUUUUAGCGAUUCAUUGACAGUCAACUUCAUGAAAGGUUACGUCUUAAUUAUUGUAUAGUUAUAUUUGUAGUAUAUAUUAGUUAAAAAAAAGUAAGAGAACCUGAUUUCAGAAAGAAAAAAAACAACCAUUGAUUGCUCUAUUGAGCGCAUUCGAGUAUUUCAAAUAAAUUAAACAAAAAAAAUAAAUAGCACAAUUACUUUUAAUUCUGUAUAUCUUGAUACAUAAGAAUUUCAUUCUGUUUAUGUUUGUUUUUUUUAAAUAGACUUCAUUUAUUUUACAUAAUGCUAUUAUUACUUUAGCGAGUUUCUAAUUGGAUAGCUAGCUAACACCAAAGCUACAAAGUAAUAUAUAUUUACAUACAUACACCUAGGGCCACAUACCAAGUUCACAUAUUUCUCUUUGUUUGGCAUACAUUAUUAUUAUUAUUAUUGACUCGCUUCAACUUUCAUUUCUGAUGUUAUUUCAACAUAUCACUUGUAAAAAGUUUAGUUGUUAUCAUAUUAUAAACUAUUAUUUGUUUUAAGCAGUUUGUUUCAUUCAGCAGCUUAAUUUAGUUUCGAGUUUUGCUCAUGGUUUAAAAAAAAAGUGAAGAUGAAUAGAAGACGUUUAGAGAUGUGUGAAAGGAUUGAAUCAAGACCCACUCAACCCUGCUAUGAACCCACUCCAAACAUUAAGUUGGAGUGAUUGUAUAAGUGUCAUAUAAUAAAACCAAUUAUAACGAAGAAGAAAAAAAGGAUAAUGAAAGCAACCUUCCAAUGUUUACUAAAAUCUUUGAGAAAUAACAGAAGAUUUUGAAACGUGAAUUCAAAUAAAGGGAUUACAAAAAAAAAAAUUAUGAUGAAUAACUUGUUGUACGUAUAUAUAACAGCAUAAUGUGUAUCGAUGGUUUGGUGUUGAUAGUAAUUAUACGUGUUAGCCUUCUCUGUAGUUUAGCUCGAGGAAGUGAUGACACUGCGACGGAUCUUCGGAACUUCCCCACUUUUUGUGACGGCGCAUCCUGUCGCACUGUUUCCGCUCUUCUCUUAGCAUAAGAAUGUUAUAUAGUAUUCUUCUCCCUCAUUUAUUUAAGUUUCAGU